ACACAUUUCAGAUUUGAUCUCAAUAAGUGUACACCUAUCUGUCGCUUCAGCAUUCAUAAGUGCACAUGGAGGACCUGUGAGCAGCAAUGUGGCUACAAGAAAGAAGGGUUGAUCUGGCCUAUUUUCUAUUACUUAUUCUUUGUAUCAAAGUCAAGGGACACGACUCUGCAUGUUCCCUUGAAGUUCGUGUGCCCCGAAAUAGUGCAUGGAAUGUUUCUGUUAUGAAAACUCUGACAAUAAACUGCACAGUGAACUACUGUGAAGAACAACCUGAAGUGACGUGGUGUAAAAUACUUGGGAGUGACUGCAAACCACUGAAUGCAACAGUUGAAACUUCUUGGAAUCAACCAAGCAUCCAUUCAGCUGUCUCUUCCCUCACUUUCUUCAAUAUCUCCUUGAAUGAUAGCGGACAGUAUCGAUGCAAGGUUGUCGAUGUCCGGGGGAUUAGCAGUGUGGGGCAUUCUAUUACUGUUAAUGUCUCAGAGGAAGAAAACCUGCCCACACUGAACACGACCAUAUUAGGAGACCUGGAGACAAAGCUUCCCCCACAAAAUGAUAGUUGGCUGACAUAUAUUUAUAUAUGUGCGGGAGUGCUUAUCCUGAUAAUUGUUGUGGUGUUAAUCUCAUUUUUCUGCAUGCAAGGACACAGAGGUAAGUGACAUUCUACAUAAACCUGUGUCCUUAUAACAAACCUUAAUGAAAAGUUGAGGUACACAGGUGAAUAUUAAGUUAUAAAACACCAACUUAUAAAUAUUAAAAUAUAUUACAGAUUAAGAUUUAAAAUAGUGAAAUAAUUCUAUAAUACUAAAGUAAAGGAUCAGUUCUCUUUCACCUCAGCCCUUUUGUCAGUUGUUGCAAUCAGAAUUUGGAAUAAUUUAGUACGUUAUCACACUUCUUUUUUUUUUUCAUUUUUGUCCCAUACUUUGUCUUGAUCAAUUGUGAAAGUACAUUUGAAUUAAAUUAGAAUUUUUAAGAGAUUAUAUUCAGAUCCAGUGCAGAAAAGGGCUACCAAGAUGUUACUAGAUAGGAUAUUUGUGAAA